AUGAAUGCCCUGAUCGGACAGUUGUUGAACGCCCCUGUGGCCCUGUUGAAAGGGGCGACUAUUGCGUUAUCAUUUUUUAGUCUCUAUCUGUUUGGCUUGGUCAUUUACCGUCUCAUCUUUCACCCACUUGCGCAGUAUCCUGGACCGCUACUCGGCCGCAUAACUAAUCUCUAUGCUGCAUACCACGCAUGGAAAGGCGACAUUCACGAGGAUAUCUGGCGUUGCCAUCAGAAACAUGGCAACUGCAUCCGAUAUGCCCCGGAUCGGCUGGCUUUUGACACUGCCAAGGCAGUAUCAGACAUCUAUGGCUAUGGUGGGAACGUUCGCAAAUCACAAGUAUACGACACGCUUGUCCAUCGCACGGCCAACACUCUUACCAUGCGCGACAAGAAGCAGCACGCCCAGCGACGACGCAUCAUGAGCCACGGUUUCUCGGACGCAGCCAUUCGUUCAUUUGAACCACGGGUCCAGGAGUUGAUUCAGACUCUUUGCGACCUCCUGAUUGUCAAAGAUGCCAGCGCGGAUAGCGAAUGGAGCGCACCGCAGGAUAUGGCGCCUUGGUUUGACUACCUGACCUUCGACAUCAUGUCUUCACUUAUUUUCAGUGCAUCAUACGACACCCUCCGCCAAGAGAAAUACCGGUCGGUGAUCCGCGCCAUCGAAGAAUCCAACGUCCGGGUCAGUGUCCUCCUACAGGCACCGAUCGUCACCCUCUUCCGUAGCGACAAGAAGCUCUUCUCACAGUCCAUCCUCGGCCGUAACCACUUCACCCGGUUCAUUGGUAGUACAGUCAAGGAACGAGUGCAGAAGAGCAAGCUCCUCGCCGACCGGGAUAUAUUUUCGUACUUCCAGAGCAGCAAGGCUGCGGCCAAUGGCGAUUCUAUGAACAUGAAUGAACUCAGCGGAGAGGCUGCCACUCUGAUUGUUGCUGGCUCCGAUACCACCGCCACCACUCUCGCAGCAACGAUGUUCUACCUCAGCCAAAGCGCCGACAUCUACCACCGAGUCGCCCAGGAAGUCCGCCAAUGCUUCAACUCGGAGGAUGAAAUCCACGCAGGAAGCCAGUUGAACGCUUGUCGCCUACUGCGGGCGUGCAUCGACGAGGCACUCCGCAUGUCUCCGCCUGCGCCGCCUGCGGGCAGUGCGCUUUGGCGCGAGGUCGAGGCCGGUGGCAUAACGGUCAAUGGUCGUUUCGUACCCGAAGGCUAUGAUGUCGGCGUGGGGAUCUACGCUGUUCACCACAACCCGACGGUCUACCCACAGCCAUUCCGCUUUGACCCCGAUCGCUGGCUGGUAGAUGACACUCACGACGUGCGCAGUGCGUUUAUGCCGUUUUCUCUGGGAACAAGAAGCUGUAUCGGUAAGGGCUUGGCGCAGAUGGAAGCUCUCUUGACACUGGCAAACAUCAUCUGGCGGUAUGACUUCCGGGCUGUUCCCGGUGGGGCGGUCCAGCCAGAGUAUAAGCUUAAGGAUCAUGUCACUGGAGCAAAAACCGGGCCUGUGUUGCAGUACCGUCGGAUUGUUCGGGAUAAGAUAAUGAUAGGUUGA